GGACGUUGCAGGCAGCGCUCAACAAUUGCUUGGCAAGAUGUGCCAUCGGGCAUUGUCCCUCCCGUCGGUGGCGGAUCAAUCGCCACAUCCUGUGAACCCUGGAACAGCACCACGGGAAAACACAGGGCACACUCUGUGUGGAGGACUGACUGACUGGCCAGCCAACCCAGGCAGAGAUGUGCUUUUGCGAAAGGCUCAGACUGAGGUUUCUCCAUGGGGUGACCAUACCAAGCAUGUGAUUUUGCAACUGGGAAACAUGAUUUGCAUUGAGACGCAAAGAGAGUAUCCAUACCAUUGAUAUAGUGUGGACAUGUAUCGGUAGAGACCAGUGAGCCUUGAGCAGAAACAAUGGGGGACUGGAACCUGCUGGGUAGCAUCCUGGAGGAGGUUCACAUUCACUCCACCAUCGUGGGCAAGAUCUGGCUCACCAUUCUCUUCAUCUUCCGCAUGCUGGUGCUCGGCGUGGCGGCGGAGGACGUGUGGGACGACGAGCAGGCAGAGUUCAUCUGCAACACCGACCAGCCUGGCUGCAAGACCGUCUGCUACGACCAGGCCUUCCCCAUCUCCCUCAUCCGCUUCUGGGUCCUGCAGGUCAUCUUCGUGUCCUCACCCUCGCUGGUCUACAUGGGCCACGCGCUCUACCGCCUGCGCGCCCUGGAGAAGGAGAGGCACCAGCGCAGGAUCCAGCUGAAGGCGGAGCUGGGGGAGACGGAGGCGCCGUUGGAGGAGCACAAGCGCAUCGAGAAGGAGCUUAAGAAGCUAGAGGAGCAGAGGAAGGUGAAGAAGGCUCCGCUGAGAGGGUCCCUGCUGCGGACGUACGUCAUCCAUAUCCUAACACGCUCCGUGGUGGAGGUGGGCUUCAUUAUGGGCCAGUAUAUCCUGUAUGGCAUCGGACUGGACCCCCUGUAUAAGUGCGAGAGGAUGCCCUGCCCCAACAGUGUGGACUGUUACGUCUCCAGGCCCACAGAGAAAACCGUGUUCAUGGUGUUCAUGAUUGUCAUAGCCGGGGUGUCCCUCUUCCUGAACGUCAUGGAGAUAUCCCACCUGGGCAUCAGGAAAAUCAAACAGACUUUGAGGGGAGACCAGAGCAAAGCAGACGAUGACAGCCUGGUUUACAGGCCGAAGAGGAAGUCGACGAUACAGCACUUGUGCGUGAUGAGGAACCUGUCCACCCACAACGGGCCCCUGACUCAGACCGCCUUCAAAGGGACUCCUGGGCCAGACCCGGACCCCGCGGACCCACCCCCCAACUACAUCCCCAACCACACUGUGUCCAGGCACAAUAGCGUGGCUCCGGGCCAGUACCUGGCCAACUGCACCGGCUUCCAGCCCCAUCAGCAGGUCCAGCAACGGCACCCCAGCCACGGGAUGUCUCCCAGCCGGCACCUCCAGGGGGCCCGGGAGAAUCACGCCAUCGCCCCGGUGGACCAGCCAUCUCCGGCCUACGGGGGAUCUGUCGUAAAUAGGGACGGUGACCAUGGUAACGUGCAGGCCCAGCAGAUCCACCACUUGCAGCCUCAAGACCACCACCAGCCUGGCCACAUGGAAGUACCUGCGCCUAUGGCAACGCACAGACCAAGUGUCAUGGCAUCACAUAGGCCCAGCUUGGCCCAGAGGGACACGGACCCAGAGGAGAGGCGGGACUCAAUGGGAAGUGACUUCCCCUUUCCCAACCCAGGGAGGAAGCAGAGCUUCAUGUCUCGCAUGCCCUCCGAGAGCAUGUCCACCAUCAGUGACUGCAGCAGCAACUCUGUACGGAGCUCUGAGUCCGAGCUGGGCGAAAUGGGGGACAUGCCCGUGAUGGCCCCACCCGGAAGGAGAAUGUCAAUGAGUGUUUUCUUGGACAUCUCGUCUAUCAUGAAAAAGUGAAGGGGGACCAGAA